UUAGAGGAAGAAUUCAACUUAUACAAACUUCCCUGUUGUGGACAAAUGUGCCACACAAAGUGAUUGGACAGGUGAGGGUAAUUGUGAAUUUAAUUUCAGACGAAUUCGAGUAGACCGGUGUAACAAUAGGGAAUUGUUCUAACUUAUGUUCUUGUGAAGUAAUGCGUAUUAAGUUGCUAUGUUUUCGUUGAUAGAUGGCUGAGAACUUUAAUUCGUUCAAGUCGGUCUUGUCCACUCUGCAAAAGAGACUUCUGUAUUCCUAAUGCCGAAGAAACGGAGUCAUCCAACGAAGUCAUCAUGGCUCAAAGAGCAGAGGUAGGGUUUCAAUAUGAUUUCAUUAACGUUAGGUUUUCAAUAAACACUGAAGUAAUUCAGUCUUUUGUUCUCAAACCCUUGUAGUCAGUGAUACGUGUAAAAUCGCAAAUAAAACAUCAAUUAAACAUCUAUUAUUUUCUCUCCCUCGCAGAGUUGCACAGAGAGGCACCCAGAACAGGAAAGAGAUGACACUUGCAUUGCCUGCAUCUAUCAACAUAAAGGAUUAAAUCGCUUACAAAAAUUUGAUUUGGCCGAUUUAGUUAGACGAUUGCUAGCAUGUAUCGGUAGCACAUGCCAUGGAGAUGAGGCAUAUGUACAUUGUCGGAAACUGACCAAAGUGAUUUGGAAAUAUUACAUCAACCAAGAUACAUUGGUUGUUUAA